UGUGCUUUGCCGUGCCAUGUGCCGUGGUUGUGGUUGCUCUUGAUGCAAAUGAUGUCUUUGAUGGUCGUGAGGGUUCUUCGUGUGUGACGUUGGUGGGCCCGUGGCCUGCGCGAGUCGCGUUUCCCCAGCGCCAAGAGCGACGCGUCCGACCUCUAAUGUUUUCUACCGUGGUAAGCUGCGCCAAAACGUCAACCACACAUAGCCAUGGCACCGGAACGAUCCAGAGCCGAAAAGGCACGACAGAUCCUCGCCAAUGGCGCCGUCCAACGCGAGGAUUCCGACGAUGAGCUCGGCUACGAAGACCACCCAUGGGAGUGGAUUCACGAGAGCGCAUCCGAUGCGCAGGCCUCACAGAAUGGGACGCCGCGAAAGCGCAAGGCAGCUGUCGCAAGCUCUGGCCCACGUAUUGUAGGCGCUCGUAUGGGCAGCUUCACAUGUAAAGUGGGCGAUGCCGUGUUCUUGAAGGCAGAGGGAAACCAGGCUUGGGUUGGGCUUAUAUGCGAAUUGUUUGAAGAUGAGGACGAGGACAACGAGAAGAUGGCCAAGUUCAUGUGGUUUGCCUCAGAAGCGGAGAUCAACAACAAGAGCACCAAGCGGACCGACUUCCUUCCUAACGAACUCUACAUUUCGCCCGCUUUCGACAACAACGAGCUCACGACAAUCAACGGCACCGCCAAGAUCGUUUCGCACGACGAGUUCAAGCGCCUGUACCCAAGCGGCCAGGUGAAGAAGACAGACAAGAACUAUGGCAAGGUUUUCAUAUGUAGGCGAGGCUGCAACACCAGGACUACAACAUAUACCCCGGAAUUUGUGUGGGAAGAUGUUUUCCAGGGCGAAAAGGAUCUCCCCGCCUUGAAGGAGUUGGUGGAGAGCCAGACUAAAGCCACCCGCAAGCGCGGCCGCCCGCGGAAAGACACUGUGGAUCUGGACGACUUCGUGGCGCCUGACUCUGACGACGACGGGGCACCAAAAACUCCCAGAAAGCGCCGUAAAUUGGGACAAGCCAGUACUCUAACAUCGACGAAGAAAAGCCCAGCUGCGAAGAAGUUCCUUACCCCGACACACAAACGCAUAGUGGUCAAGAAACAGCUCAUGUUCACUCCUCUCGGAACCCGACUGCUCGACCCUUCAGCUAUAUCCUCGCCAUUCCAAAUUGCUAGGAACCAGCUGCAUGUGUCAUCUGUACCUGACGCACUCCCUUGUCGCGAAGAGGAGUUCUCUGCAGUGUACCGUGAAUUGGAAGCGGCCAUCAUUGACGGCUCGGGCGCCUGCAUCUACAUCUCCGGUACGCCCGGUACUGGGAAGACUGCCACCGUACGAGAAGUGGUAAUGCAGCUGCAGGCAGCAGCCAUGGCCGAAGAACUGGACGACUUCAUAUUCUGUGAGAUCAAUGGCAUGAAGGUCACUGAUCCUCAUCAGGCUUACUCACUUCUCUGGCAGACUUUGCACGAUGAUCGCGUGAGCCCGUCGCAUGCGCUGGAGCUAUUGGAACGCGAGUUCAAUACUCCAAACCCGCGGCGUGUACCCUGCGUCGUCCUCAUGGAUGAGCUCGACCAACUGGUCACCAAGAACCAGUCCGUCAUGUAUAAUUUCUUUAAUUGGCCGAACCUACGGCACAGCAGACUGAUUGUACUCGCCGUUGCCAACACCAUGGACUUGCCGGAGCGAACGUUGAGCAACAAAAUUAGUAGUCGACUUGGUAAGUGCAGGCAACGCGAUCCUUUGAAGGGCCCCGCCGUAGCAUUCUGGCACAGAGCAGAGCCAGAUGUUUACGAGUCUGCAAAUCUUCCCUUGAUCGGGGUGCAGGCGGCAUCCUCCGGGUCCCAGGAUAGCGAGGCUAACACGCGCAUAGGCCUGUCACGUAUUACCUUUUCAGGGUAUACGCAUGAUCAAUUAACGCAAAUUAUACAGUCCCGACUGGAAGGUGUCCCUGGCAACAUCGUCCAUCCAGAUGCUAUCCAGUUCGCGGCACGUAAAGUUGCGGCGGUGAGCGGUGACGCCCGCCGUGCGUUGGAUAUCUGCAGACGCGCGGUCGAGAUUGCGGAGACGGAGGCAGCAGAGCAAGAGGCCGAGGGCGAAAUAGGCCAGCCCCCAACCCCCAGUCGCACGGGCCGCAACAAAGGCAAAGCAGGAACUCGGCUCCCCGUAGACAGCGGUGAAUCGGUCAGUGUGCACCAGCAAAAUGCAGGCCCUGGUAAGAAGAAGGGCGAAGUCACGUGGGCGACGAUAAGACAAGCCAUCAACGAAGCCACGAGCAGUCCCCUGCAAGUGGCUCUGCGUGCCUUACCACUGGCGUCCAAGGUCUUUCUUGCAGCCCUCUUGGCGCGUAUCCGGCGUACGGGCAUUGGGGAGGCCGUGCUUGGGGAUGUUGUUGAUGAAGUCAAACGGUUGGGUUUGAUGAGCCAGCUGCAGCCGAUAAAUGAGUACCUUCUUCUGGCUGAUAACGGCAACGAAGGCACGACCCAACAAACCCACACGUCAACACCCUUGAAGCUUAAGGAUGGCAUUUCGAAACAGGCCAACGAAAAGGCCGCCCGCGCAUUAGGCAUCGCUUCCGCCGCUGCUGAGCUCACAGAAGCAGGCAUCAUUGGCACAGAGUACCGGCAUGGCGAGCGUGUUGGGAGGGUGCGGUUGGGGGUCGCAGAGGACGAGUUGCGGCUCGCUCUAGGCGGCGACGAGGAAGUCAAGGGCCUCGUCCCGACCUGAACAAGCAGCUACCGCGAGUUCGGAUCCCAGCCGUGCGCCAUGCUGCGGGA